UCCUCCUCCUCCUCCUCGGCGAGGGCCCGGCCGUUGCUCCCGGGCCCGGGCCGGGGAUGCGCUGCUCGGCGGUCCCUCGUAGGAGCUACUCGGCGGGCGGGGAGCGGGAUGGAGGUGGAGGAGGCGUUCCCGCUGGUGGGGCAGAUGGGGCCCUACCAGGUGUAUCUGUGCGUCCUGCUGGCCGUGCUCCUCCAGCUCUAUGUGGCCACUGAAGCCAUCCUCAUUGCAUUGGUGGGCGCAACUCCUCCCUACCACUGGGAUCUCCAAGAGCUCUCAGCUAAUCGGAGCCAUAGCAACCAGUCAGUGAGUGAGCAGAGAGCUUUUGGGGAAUGGCUUCUGACUGCCAAUGGCAGUGAGGUGCAUAAGCACAUACACUUCAGCAGCAGCUUCACAUCAAUAGUCUCAGAGUGGUUUUUAAUUGGCAACACAUCAUACAAAGUCAGUGCUGCCAGUUCUUUCUACUUCAGUGGUGUGUUUGUGGGAGCAAUCUCCUUUGGCCAGCUCUCAGAUCGCUUUGGGAGGAAGAAAGUCUAUCUCACAGGUUUUGCUCUUGACAUCUUGUUUGCCAUUGCAAAUGGAUUCUCACCCUCGUAUGAAUUCUUUGCCAUCUCUCGCUUCUUGGUAGGGAUGAUGAAUGGUGGGAUGUCACUGGUGGCCUUUGUUCUACUGAAUGAGUGUGUGGGUACUGCCUACUGGGCAUUAGCAGGAUCUAUUGGUGGCUUGUUCUUUGCUGUGGGAAUUGCCCAGUAUGCUUUAUUAGGGUACUUCAUUCGUUCCUGGAGAACUCUGGCUGUUGUGGUUAACCUGGAAGGAACAAUCGUCUUUCUUCUCUCUCUAUUCAUUCCAGAGUCUCCCCGCUGGCUCUAUUCACAAGGCCGGCUGAAUGAAGCAGAAGAUGCCCUCUACCUCAUUGCGAAGAGGAACCGCAAGCAGAAGUGCACUUUUUCGUUGAAACUCCCAGCAGAGAGGAGCUCCAGAGAGGCGGGCAGCUUCUUGGAUCUGUUCCGAUACAAGAUUCUCUUGGGACGCACCUUGAUCAUGAUGUUUACCUGGUUUGUGUGCAGUUUGGUUUACUAUGGUCUUACUCUUAAUGUGGGUGACUUGGGUGGAAGUAUUUAUGCCAAUUUAGCCCUUUCAGGGCUGAUAGAAAUCCCAGCAUACCCAAUAUGUAUUUACUUGAUUAACCAAAAAUGGUUUGGUCGGAAGCGAACAUUGAGUGCGUUUCUGUUCCUGGGAGGAUUGGCUUGUCUUAUUGUCAUGUUUCUUCCUAAAAAGAAAGAUACUGGAGUGUUCGCAGUGGUGAAUAGUCGCUCUCUGUCUUUGCUGGGGAAACUGACAAUCAGUGCUGCAUUUAACAUUGUCUACAUCUACACAUCAGAACUUUAUCCCACAGUGAUCAGGAAUGUUGGAAUGGGUGCCUGCUCCAUGUUUUCCCGUGUUGGUGGAAUCAUUGCUCCUUUCGUCCCUUCAUUGAAAUCUGUACAGUGGUCUCUGCCUUAUAUUGUGUUUGGAGCAACUGGUCUUUUGUCUGGGCUCUUAAGUUUAUUGUUGCCAGAGACCUUAAACAGCCCUUUGCUAGAAACUAUUUCAGACCUGCAGGUAUGCUCGUACUGGAGGCUGGGUGAUGAAGCGAUGUCAUUGCAAGCCCUAGAUGGCUCACAGUCUGGAGACAAAGACAGUUCUGCAGGGAGUGGAAGUGAAGAUGAGGAGUUUUAUGAUGCUGAUGAAGAGACUCAUAUGAUCAAGUAAUGAAAAGAAGAAACACUGGUCUAUUUUAUGCCUUUUCUUACUUGUCUUACAGCUGGACUGACUGGAUGAGUACUGGGGACCUCACCUGUCAGGGAAUGUAAUUGGGCAAGUGCUUGUGUUUUUCCUGACUAGGAGAUGGGUUUGAGUACUGUUCAGACUAAUUACACCACUGAUGCUCUCCAUAUGAGACAGCUGUUCAAAUUCUUGUGGUUCAGAAUGACAGUGCAUGGACUGCACUUGAAGCCAGGUGAGACAGUAAGGGUGGGAUCAUGUAUUUCUGAAGCCUAGGAAAUUACUUAGGCUUAGACAGAUUUGGACAGCUCAUCAAUGCACAUGCUUGUAUUUUAUUUUCAAGGUGGUUGAUUUUGAUUCAGUACAAACUGAUAAACUGGAAAACAUCCACUGUUCUUUUUCUGUAGAGUGAAAGUGGUCACAAUGUGCUGUGUGCUACUCCAGUGGGAACAAAUUCCUGAAACUGUAUGUUAAAAUGGUUUCUGUGUAUUGAAUAGGGGAGAGGCAACUAUGAACAUAAGGUUUCUCUAUCUGCACAUAGACACCUGUAUAAAGUUAUAGGGUGCAGCUGGUUAGUCAUGUGCAUUAACUUAGUGAUAAUGGGAGGCCGGGAGGAGGGACUACAGAAAAGAACAACCAUAAAGCCUGCAGACAUAAAGGGCAUUACUGAUUUUUUUCCCUUUUCAUCCACUGAGCAUUUUCUUGGGCUGUCUUAUGCAUACGUUUGCCACAUGUUCCCCACAUCUCAGCACUGCUGUUUAUAGCUUUGCCUACUUUUACCUUGCCCUCACUUUGCCAUAAAUAUUGAAGCUCCACAACUUCUCUGUGCAGUGAAAUAAUUAUGUGAAGGAUAUAGUUUCAUGGGUGGGACAUAGGUGAGGUAUUUAUCACAUACUGUGUGUGUGAGGUGUGUGUUAGAAUAUAUAGCUCAUUUUUGUGGACCUAUCUGUGUCUUUAUUUCUGGAAGAAACUUAACUCUGAAGUGAUAAGAGCAACUAUGGGUUGCUGUUACAUUUUGGGGGUUAUUGACAGGAAGCUGCUAGUAUUUAUUUUAAAAUCUUGUGUGUAAAUAAAGUUCUCAUUUAAAAAAAAAAAGGCAAACCUCUUUAAGACAGAAUUUGGUUACCUGUUUCUUAACCAGGUGCUUGAACAAGCACUUGGUUACUUGACCAUGUUGAGGAAGACAACUUCACUCUCCUGAUUACACUGAACUUUCUGUAAGUGCUUCAUUAGAGGGAUUUGGAAUCUUGAAAUAUGAAACAUGAACAUAUGAAAUGUUCCAGCUACAAAGAUGAGUCCUUACAAGGAUUCAGUUUUCUUGAUUACAUUGUCAUCUUCAUCCUCUAACCUGUGGCAUUCUAUUUAAGAUUGAUUUCCAUAAAAUGUUUGUUAGUCUUUAUACUUGGAGUUCCUAGCAAAGUGCCGCACAAUGGCAGCAAGUAUAUUGUUAGGCUUGCUAGCCAUUUUUGUGGAUGUUAAAGUAAAAAAAAAAAAAGGAUCAAAAAAAAAAAAUCUGAAAGUUGACUGCUGAGUAGUUUCUGGGUAAACUGGGAAGCUCCUUUUCUCUGAAAGGAAAGGAAAGGAAACAGCAUCAGAAGUUUGCAGCUAGCUGCUUGAACUUUGUUCACUGGGAACUGUAAUGCUGAACGAAGGGCCAGUACCCUGGCUGGUGCAGAGGGCAGCCCAGAGACUGCAGACUCGCACAAGUCCACUUGGCCUGGACUUGAUCCAGGCAUUGACUGUGAGCAAAGUUGGAAACCUCAAUCCCUGUGGACAAUGUGUCAGUAUUGUUGUGGUUUUCAUCUGCGUUAAGAGCUUCACUAGAAGAAUUCCAGCCUGCAGUCUUCACUUUGUUUUUUCCAGACUGUUGAGUAGUUGUAGAUGUGGCAGGGCACUUUUUAAAUGCAGCCAGUUAGUCUUUCUGCCUUAUUUGGCCCUUCUGUAUGCAAGAAAAUUGCUCCAAAUAAGGUACGUGGAAAGGUUGAAUCUAUUUGUUCAAAGAAUUUUUUUUUAGUUUUGCAUUUAUGUUUUGAAUUAUGGACAGCUGGAAAACUGACUUUUUGUUGCUGAUGGCUUCUAAAUAAAUGAAACCUGUUUGCUUAGAAGCAAACAGUGGUAAGCCUGAUGGUAUUAACAUGCUGCCAAGACCCAACAGGUUCUCUUAGGUGUUUGCUGCCUCUGUCCCCCUUUGGAUGGUAGGUUGAGUAAGUCACCUGAGAGGCAGACAGGAACUGUUAGCCUUCCUCUCUCCAUAGUUUUCCUGUCAUUAUCUGCUACUGGCAACCCUGGUCGUGCCAUGGGAGGGACACCUCAGCAUAACUUUCAUUAGAACAGUAGGAUGCUGUAAUGAUUCAGGUGGAGGAGAUCACUCUCUGCAGGACCUGAGCUGUGUUUUGUGACAGUCUUCAACUAGGCCCAGUUAAUAAAUCUCAGUGUUUGGGCAGUAAGCUUGCCCUGAGGAGCUACUGGAGAGCAGAGGCUAAUACAGUACUAGACAUACCACAGUUCAUGACAUACUGUAAUGUGAAGAGUCUGAGACCUAACAUCCUUGCUUUAGUUGAGUGAAGUAUGACAACCUUACCCACAUUUUUUGCUAGAGUAGCUUUGUAUACGAAGCAGCCUAUACUGUUAGUUGGUUUUUGUGUUGUGCAGGCACUAGCAUACCUACCCCCAAGAUGGGAAGUCCAUCCCUGGAUUCCUUUGGUUUUGUAGCUGUUGUUUUUUUCAGCCAGCUCACUUAGUGGGAUUAUGCUAGAGAUGAGAGAGGCUUUCCCAUGGUGCUGAUUAGUCAGAUCUUAAUACUGUCUCAGGUGAGGUAUGUUUGGGAUUUUGCUAUCUGGGGACCUCACAAGUGAUACUUGAAUACAGCUAGGAGUGAAGGAGAGUGACAGGUCAUGUGAGACAGUGUGAGGGAGAAUCAGCUGGAGGGAGUUGAAAGAAUAGAGGAUUCAACAGAAACACUUUAGGGCAAGGGUAAGUGAAAACACAAGAUAGUAGCCGUUGGGUGGAAAUACCCUUCUAGCUGCUUGUGUUGACUUCAAGCUUCUCCUUUCAGAGCUAGCAUUGGUUCCAGGAUGUCUUAUUGGGGACACUAGUUUCGUGAUUUCCUUUUUAGUGUCAGCUUUGUUCAGCACUACUACUUCAGUGAUGAAAUAUUUCUUUUGAUGCUUAUAAAAUGUGGAACACUUCUGUUUUCUUUUGGACUCAGCUUUUCUAUGAAAUGGCGUGUCACUGAAAUCAUUAAAAUUUGUAAAGCCCUGUUUUGGAGAAUGCUGUAUAACUGGUCAUCACUUAAUUUGCCUUUAGAAAGACAGGAAGAUGAGACUUAUUUGAUGCAUUUUUGUCACACAACUUCUUGUGAAGUGAUACUUCAGCCUUCUAAAAGGAUUUUACUACCUGGCUAUUCUUGAUAGGCUGAAGAGAGUAGAAUAGGGAAGUGAUUUGACAAGUUUAUUUUUUAAACUACUUCCCCUGAAAACAAAGCUAGUGCUCCCCAUUUAGGGAUUGGGGAAGUGCUGUUCAGAGACUCCCUGACACACCAGAAACUUAGAAGUUCUGUGUUAAAGGAGGGCCACAGGUGACUUGGUGUUCAGGUCAGGGUGCUGAGUGAAGAACAUGUCCACACCUCUCCAGAGACACCUAAUUAACAUGGAGCAGGUUGUGGCUAGUUACCACCUUUGUUACAGUCAAGGCUUUAAGUAUUGCAGCCACAUGUUCCUCUGCUCACAGUGCAUAAUCCAUGCCAGGGUUUCCAGACUGUAUGGAUGUAUAGAGGCUAGCAGAAUAUCCUUUGCAGAACCACGGGGAAUGCAGUUAAGCUGUACGUUUUCCAGCCUAUUUCACCUAAGUGUAUAAAAGCCAUUCGCAAGAGAAUGUUUUUGUUGUACUAGGAAAAGGGGAAAGUGAGGAACAAACUUACUUUUCCUAGAGUGUGUUAAUGGAAACAUUUGAGCUAAAACUCUUGUUCCUGAGUCUUCCGCAUAAUCACCGAAUGCAGAUUUGGUUAGUAUUUUGUUUUAGCUGAAGGAUAUGUAUACCUUUUCCCACCCUGUUAGAGCUUCUUUGAUCAUGCUCUUUGACACAGCUGAAUCUAGGCAUCUGCACAUGCAAGCUGUGAGCCUUGCAGUAAGUAUGUCAGAAAAGCCCAAGAGCGGUGCUGUCAUUUGAUGGUGGAAGUUAGUCUGGCCUGACACAUUUAAUGCCUGCAUCAGAAAUGUCUAUAUUCAGCUGUUUACCAAAUGGGAGACUUAGGGUAUAGCUGUAUUUUGAGUCUUGUUGCUUGUAUCUUACUACGAGAUAUAUUAAGUGGAAGAAAGAUACGUACAUAAGAAAACCUGUGACAGAUCUAACUGUAGAAUUGGAGGGUGAACAAACUUAUACAGAAUUUUUUCCAUGCUAUGUAUUUUUAAUGCCUUGUCCAGUCUAUUGUAGCCUUCAGAUUUUCCAGGUGCUACUGUUAUUUAAGUCUAAUAGAGCUGGAUAAAACUUUUACCCUGAUAGUCUGAAUUUACUGAACUCUCUCAUGUUAUUUUUGGUACUACUUGCUGUUUCUGUCAUUCUGAAAAAAGCUCCUGUAUUGCCUAAUGGGGAGCAGACUUUUCUGUUCUAAUUUAAAGUGCCUGUUUUACAAAAGUUGUCUUUAAUUUCCUCGGUCAACUUGAUACGGGACUGUGUGUAAAGUAACAUCAUGGAAUUGGAUUAUAUAAGUGCCAAAGACAGUUUUUGCUGGAAAGCAAUGGUCCAAAACUAGUUCUAGCUACAUUCAUUUGGAAUUCUUCCAUGCAACCUGCUAAAACUGGUAUUUACAAGCAUCUCCAGAGCUUUAGGGGACAGAAAGAGAGUUACUUUUGCUUGUCUUUCAUUGCUCAGUUCACUUAAGUAGCUUUUGUUUCUGGGAAACCAAAGAAAUUAAAUGAAGGAUUUAAGAUAAAGUGUAGGUUUUGUAGAACAUGCAGAAUUUAUACCAUGUAGCCAUUAUAGAGAAAUCUGCAGAGUCUGUUUGCUUCUGAGUUGGAAGUGUCAAAGCUUACUCUAAGACUGAUAAAACCUAGUUAAAAACUGCACACUGGAAUUUGUUAGUUCAUUCAUCAGCCUUACAAAUGAGCAUUGCUAAUAACAGCUUGCCUGGAGCUUCAUAGGAUCUAGCAGAUUUCUAUAAAAUGCACAGUCUGUUUGAGGUAUUACUAAAUAAUAAUGUCUAGAGUUUAAAUCCCUAUUGCAACUAGAAUUCACUGCAAGUCAGCCCUAUCAUGGCUGCUUGUUUGCCAGUCAGUAAAUAGGCAGAUGGCUAACUGUUUAUGCAGCAAGAGCUGGCUGCCCCCAGAAGAAUGGUUUAAAAGAAAUAAUCUUUCUCCAGUGUGUAUGCAGAAUGAAGCGGGACCGUGGGGUGUCAGGGUCCUCUCAUACAGCAAGCUUAUAAAAGGGAGUAUGUUUAAAUAAGUACUUGCCCACCCUUAUUUACAAAAGGUUUGUAGAGGAAGCAGGUCUUUAGCAUGCAUGUUACAGCCUCCCUCCAACACAUCUGAGGUGCUCAUAUUAUACCUAGUUUGUCAGGAGGCAGGCAGAAAGUAUGGCAGUAAGAAAACCUUUGCCAAUAUUGAAAGUUACAUUUACUUAAAGAUGUCCGAUAAGAGUUAUCUGGCACAUCUGUGUUCAAACAAAAUGUUUUUAAAUGAUGGAAACUUGAUUGGGAGACAGGCAUUUCUCAUGUUAGUUUGUCAGGGGGAAAAAAAAAAAUCAGUGUUGCAGACACUGAUGAAAGUUGUUAUAGAGCAGAAAACUGCUGGGCAAUUUGUGAUAAAAGAAUUUAUUGUGGUUGUGAUUUUACAUAUGCCUCUAAAAGACUGGUUUCAAGUAUUUGAUCUUUGUCACUCCCCAAAGUCUAAUCCAAACUUUAUUUUGUUCUUGUUAAAAGUUAAGUCAUGUAGAAAUUGGAAGUAUAUUUUUCAUAUGGAUACUUUUAUUGCACUACCUGUCCUUCCUGAAUCUAAUAAUACUUUGAUUUUUUUAAGCUACCUCUUUAUGUUGAGCUUUUUUGUCAAUUUUGUAUUUAAUUGAUUUUUAAGAAACUACAAAAUAUUUCCUUCUUUUAUUUAUGUGGGAAUCCAUAACUUAAAGACCACAAGUCUUCCUUCUGUUUUUUAAGUUUUUCUUAAGGGCCUUUUAAAUUUAAAGACUUAAGCUUUUGAAGGAGCAGCAUAAUUACACACUUAGAACAUGGAUUUUCCUGUGUGUACUGUUUGCUUUUAGAAGGGCCAGAAGCCCUUAAUUUUAUACUAACCUUGGUUGAGGAUGUGACUCUUUGGGGGCAAUAAAAAGUUUUGAGUUGGGAAAUUUUAAUCCAUUUAAUUUAUUGCCAAUUAAAGAGCUUCUAGUUACUGGUUUUGGUGUUGAAAGAAAAAAUAAAGCAUGUAGGGAAAACACUGCUGCUUUUUUCCAGACACCACUCUUCUCUCUCUCACCCCAUGGUGGUCUCCAGUUCCUUGGCUGCAUGUUAUGCUCAGUCCCUUCAGCAAGGCAACAGGCAGCACAGGAGAUUGGGACCAGUCUGUUGUGCUUGCUGUUCUUUCACUGCUCCUUGUUUCUUACUCAGCUGCUCUCGUGUGGGUUUUUUCACCAGCCACAGUCCCUUCGGCGCUGUAGCUCCUUCUGAGUCUACUCUCAGCCUCUGCUCAGGCUAUGAUUUUCCUUUGGCAUUUCUCCUGCUCAGCUGCCUCUCCUUUCGGCUCCUCUUGUGCUGGCAUGGUCUUCUCCUUUUUUCCUCCUACUGCUAUAGCACUGUAAUCUUUUUCUUGGCAUUUACUGCCCUUUCUUAAACAUGCUUUUGCAGAAGUACCAGAAACCCCUCUGACAGCGUUGGAGUGCAGUGGGUCAGUCCCCACUGUGCCCAAGAGGCAAUGGACACUAACUGAAACACAGGAGGAUCCAUCUGAACAUAGGGAAGCACUUUUUUACGGUGAGGGUGACAGAACACUGGCACGGGUUGCCUGGAGAGGUUGUGGAGUCUCCAUGCGUGGAGAUAUUCAAAAGCCAUCUGGACAUAGUCCUGGGCAGCCUGCUUUAGUAGGUGGCCCUGCUUGAGCAGGGGGGUUGGAUCAGAUGGCCUCCAGAGGUCCUUUCCGACCUCAACUGUUCCAUGAUUUCUGAGCUGGCUGGAACCAGCAUAGGGCAGUCCUGGGCUUCUUCCCACACAAGGCACCCUGCAGCCCCCAAACCCUAACAGUUACGCUCAAUACGUGACUGUAGAGGGUUUUCUUGCAAAUCAAGUCCUCACAGUUUGAGCUGACAGUUUUUGUGAGUGGUAGUUGGUACUGUAUUCCCUUUCUGUGUUACUGUUGUCUUAGGUCAAGUAAAUGAAACUCCUAAGGAUAUAAUCAGACAUUUGUAGCAGAGUUCUGUGUCUGGUUACAUUUGCAUCCCUGCUGAUUUUGGAAGACAGAACUUAGAUCUCCACUUGACCAGAGGAGCAGCCAAAGGGGUAAACUACUUUCUGUUCAACCCUGCAUCAUCAUGAAAACAAAUCUUCGUAUAGUCUCUAUAUCCUGUAGACUUUGUAUUGUUUCCUCAUGCCAGUUUAAUUUGAACCAACAAUCAAAAGUCCUUGCCAGUUGAGAGUUGAGUAACAGGAAAGUGGGCAUAGGGGGGAAUAGAUUCACUGCGUCAAACAAAAAUCCAGUUGUAUAUAGUUAGUGUGUGUAUUUUUAAAUAUUUGAUUUGGAUUACUUGAAUACUGAGUGUUAUGAGCCUUCCUGUGUAAAAAAAUACUUCCUGUAUUAGUGUGCUGUUGUUAACUCAGAGUUGUACUGCUGAAAAGUCUGUUUUUAGAAUACUUGAUCUGAGAAGUGGCAACUAAAGACAGCAUAAGCUUUUCCACAAUAGACCUUUUAUGGUGGUAUAUUCAUAUGUUCUGUGAACAGCUGUUGGAUCCAUCUUUUUAAGAUGUUCUUUACCAUAGGUGAGGGGCCAUAACAAAUGUUGAAAUAUUCAGAAUAAUUGCACUUACCUAUUCUGUUUUCUUAAUGUAUUUCCUAUGCAUACUGCCUUACCUGUAUGUACUGUAUUUCAUUGGAGGUACGAAAGGUAAAUAUCAGGUUCUUAAUUUAUAAAAUGUAAAUGAGUUUUAAAAAUAAUUCUGUAAUACUACAUAUUUUCCAGUGAUAUCUGUCUUCUAAGAGAGGGUGAUGGUGGUAAGGCCAGGUGAAUUUAGUCAAAAGUUAAUAUUGGUGGUCUUUACAUUCUCACUUAAUUUCUGAAUGAUUUUGAUCAUUUGAAAUAUAUUUUUUUCUUUUAAGAUUUUUGUAGAGGCUAACCUAUGUUAGUAAGCCAACUUUUAGAUGAUUUGUAACAGCUCUGAUACUGCCUCUGACUCAUACAGUUCAUUUAAUGUCUUUGUAACUUAUUUUGUGCCUUUUCUUCCCCUGACACAAUCUCUCAAUAAAAACAAGCUCUUUUGCAACACUGCAAA